UAUUAGAAGGUUACCACCACCCACAUCAAGUAUGACGGAAUUAUCGAAGGAAAAUUUGCCCAAAAUCUCUGCCAGAAGGGUUUCUUGUCUACCUACAAGCAGCGCUUUUAAGAAACCGACAAGUAAAACAACUAAUUUGCGGGUUCCUGCUUUGGCAACCAAGCUGACAGGGUAUAAUAGGGCAAUUU